AUGAGACUUCAAUCAGGUUCUUCUAAAUCUUCUGCUGAUGAACUGCGAGAAUUUUCGGAGUGGAUACUAAGCGUAAGAGACGGUAACGCCGGAGGUCCUAAUGAUGGCGAAGCCGUAAUUGAGGUUGCAAAAGAUAUUCUUAUAGAUCCAGGCCUCGAUCCAAUUUCAACAAUUGUUGAUAGCACUUAUCCAAACCUACAUGACCAUAUUUGGGAGGCUAAAUAUUUCCAAGAAAGAGCAAUUUUGGCGUCUACGAAUGAGAUAGUGGAGAUAGUCAAUGAUCAUGUUCUAUAUACCAUUCACGAAGAAGAGAAAGUGUAUUUGAGUUCGGACGCUAUAAGCAAAGAAGAGGGUAACUUCGGAGUACAUGAAAUGUACUCCACUGAAUUCCUCAAUACGAUAAGAUGCUCUGGUCUCCCGAAUCAUAGCAUACGAUUAAAGGUUGGUGCGCCAGUUAUGCUGCUAAGGAAUAUUGAUCAAACAUCUGGGUUAUGUAAUGGUACAAGGUUAGUCGUUAAACAUUUAGGCAAUCGUGUUAUUGAAGCAACUGUUAUUUCUGGAAGUAAUGUCGGAGAAAAGCCAACUUCUUCAUUAUUACAAUAUAGGCCACAAUCAGCUUGCCCCGAACUCUUGGCAAAACAUUUUGACCUUCUUGGCCGUUUGCGAGCUGAAGGGGGUUGA